GAAGGACAAACGCGCGCGUUUCCCCACUCACACACCCACACGCGCAUCGGUCUCGCCGGUGUGAGGGGCGCCGGGCAGCGCCCUGCCGAGAUGGAGGAGAAGCCCUCCGCCGGCAUCAGGCCCCACCUGGACAAGCUCACCCUGGGGGUGACGCGUAUUUUGGAGACUUCACCAGGUGUUUCUGAUGUGACAUUAGUGGAAAAGAAGCCAGCUGAUCGCCAUGCAAUUAUUUCAUGGGAGCAAAAAAAUGCCUGCAUAUUGCCUGAGGAUUUAAAGAACUUCUAUCUGAUGACUGAUGGCUUCCAGAUGACCUGGAGUGUAAAAAUUGAUGAUACCCCAGUGCCCCUGGGCUCCAUGGUAAUUAAUAGUAUCUCAAAGCUUUGUCGGCUUGGAGGUUCCUCCAUGUACACCGUGCCUAAUGCACCAUCUCUUGCUGACCUGGAAGAUGACACAGAUGAGGAGGGUAAUGAAGACAAACCAGAGAAACCACACUUUGAUUCUCGUAGUUUUAUUUUUGAAUUAGACCCAUGCAAUGGGAAUGGGAAAGUUUGUCUUGUUUAUAAGCACACUAAACCAGUUGUGUCCCCAGACACAGAGAUAUGGUUCCUAGACAGAGCUCUGUAUUGGCAUUUCCUCACCAAAACCUUCACAGCCUACUAUCGCCUGCUCAUCACUCACCUGGGUCUCCCACAGUGGCAGUAUGCCUUCACCAGCUACGGAGUCAGCCCUCAAGCCAAGCAAUGGUUUAACAUGUAUAAACCCAUAACAAUAAACACAACUCUUCUCUCUGAAGAAGCUGAUUCCUUUGUAAACAAGCUGGACCCCAAUAAGGUAUUUAAAAGCAAGAACAAAACGCCAGUGAUGAAAAAGAAACAACCCUCCCAGCCAGCAGGUGUCCAAAAGAGCAACACUAACAUGUCCUCCACCAAGACUUCCUCACUAGCUGGGAAUUCUUCAAGGAAGCGAGACCCACAGAUCUGACCCUGAAAAAAGUAAGAAGCUUUGAUGUUUUCUGAUGCAAAUCUCAGUGGUUCAAACGAGCUCCACUUGUGUGAAUAGGAUGCAAGAUUUGCAUGAAAUAUAACCAUAGAAUCACAGAAUCAUAGAGUACCCCAAGUUGGAAGGAUCAUCAACUCCAGCACCUGGUUCUACACAGGACCACCCAAAACUCAGCCGUAUCGAUGAUGACACUUCUUGAGCUCCGUCAAGCUUAGUGCCAUGACCACUACCCUGGGGAGCCUGUUCCAUGCUCACCACCUUCUGGUGAAGAACCUUUUCUUAACACCCAUCUGCCCCUCCCCUCACACAGCUCCAUGCCAUUCCCUCAGGCCCCGUUGCUGUCACACAGAGCAGAGCUCAGUGCUGCUGUCCACUCCCUGUGAGGAGCUGCAAGCCAUCAGGGCUCCCCUGAGCUCCUCUGCUCUGGACUGAACCAACCAAGGGACCUCAGCCACUCCUCACACACCUUGCCCUCUGGACCCUUCAUGGAAGGGGUGUAUUUCCAGGCAACUUGGGUAACAAACCUUGAGGCAUUGAUUAAUUCCGUCCUGCUUGCAGUAUGUACUUUUCAGAGGGCAUGAAGAAGCCCUUGAUGUCACUGCUCUGUAGAGAACCUGUUAUUCCUGUAUAACUACAGCAGUGAAAUGAAAGUAAACUUAAAGUCACUGUUACUUUAAUAGAUCAUUCAUGCUGAAUUACAGAGUAUAUUUCUAUCAUUUCCUUUCAAAGUAAAGUGUCCUGACCUUGCAUGCUAUGGGAGCAGGCUGGAACCCACAGAACAAAGAAAUAUCUUCCACUUCAGACAGAUUUGAACUCUACAUUUCCUGUGCUCCUUCCCACUUCUGCUCUGAUUCACACUGAGGAAGAGCCCAGGGCUUCCAUGUCUCUGUGUUGGCCUAGAGACACUUGCUCUACAGUCCAGACCACUUCUUAGACUUUGUACCAUUUCUUUUCAGAUAGUGAUGUCUGUAUGAUGUCCUUUCCAAUUAGCCUGCCAGCAAUCAGAACCUGCAAGGUCCUUCAUUGUCUCCACUUUCUCCUUUUGUGGGAAAUGCUGAGCUAGGGCAGCAGAGUCCUGUCAGCCAGGAGGACCCCUUGGUUUUCUGUACUGGAUGUUUUCAGGGUAGAACUGCACUUUAGCACACUGAUUUCUG